AUGCCCCGUCGCAACACUAUCAGGGCCGACGACCUCGAUUUUGAGAUCCACGUUGAUCCAUCGUGCUUAAGCGAUCCUAUGGACGAUAACGAAAACAAGGCCCCAGAGGAGCCAAAGGUGCAAGACGAAACCACCACCAACCAAGAGACUGAAUCCCUCAACACACAUAUUGAUAAAGAAGACCACGACCACUCGACGGCUGAAGCCAAGGUCGCUCCUACGACUGAAGCUACCGGAGAGGAUAAAUCUACCAUAAUCGAACAAGAAUCCGACCAAUCAGCUAUACCAGAAGCUGAAGCAAAGGUUGAACCAGCUUCAGAAUCUGACUACGAAUCAUCCGACUCGGACUCUGAAGUCGAAUCUGACCACGAAGCCGAACCUCAAGUUACUUUAGAAAAAGACACCGAAGAACCAAUUCAAGAGCCACUAGUUGAAGCAGACGAACCUACAUCUAAGGCUGAAAUCGACACCCUAGCCCCAGAGCCUUCAUUGGACGAUAUAGAAGAUAAGGACGACGAGGAACCUACCCCUGUCGAAGACGUCACGGUUGCUGAGGAUACUACUACCGAAGCUCCAAUUGAGGACACCUCUUCGGCAGAUAUUUCUACCGGCGAUAUUUCUGUCCAAGACGCUACCGCCGACGACCUCGACGACGACGACGAGCCUGUCGAGGAAGACAAGGACAAGUCUGCCGCCGAGUUUGAAGAAUCCAUCGCAGACAUUGAAGAGCGACAAUUUUCUGAAACAGAAUCAGAAAUAUCUGGGUCGAGACGUGUGUCUUCUGGUUCUUCCGGAUCCAGUUACUCAGACCGUCAAUCCACUCGCUCUGAAGCUAUUCAGGAAGUCGCCCGCGAUAUCGCCUCUCAGAUUGACAAUCACGAGAAGCAAGAAUCUCUGGACGACUACUCCGAAGUAGACGACGACAGUUAUAUAUCCCACGCCAAAACCAUCAGUGCGCGGCAAUCAAACGCCAACAUGGCUCGCUCGGUCAAGAGCGGUGUGGACGAAGGUGGUGAGAACAGCUCUCAUCACGAGCACGAAGACGACGUGUUUAGCGACCGCAGUCCUCGAAGCUCAGUGGGUUCCGUAUCCGAGGGCGAUCACCGCAAAGCCCAGGAUGCCAUGCACCGGAUGACCAGGUCCCCCCGUGUCUCGGGUAUCUCUGGCAUCUCUGGCUUCUCUGAAUACGACAGGGAAGACGAGGAUUUUAUCCCCACUAUUCGAGGUAACCCACGGCCCAUCUUCCGGUCACCUUCUUCCGUCAAGGCCAUGCAAAUGUCAUCGCCUCCAGGCUCAACAGUCGGCGGCUCUCCUCGCUCUGGUCGAAGGGCACCUCUCCCAAGCUCAUCUAGAAUGAGUUCUCCUCGCUUUUCAGAGCAGUAUUCGCCGAAGAGGACACCGCCUCGCUUCAAGAGAUCUACACCGCCACUUGUCCUUCUCCAUGUCACAUUACUUCCUCUUAGGUGGCCUUGGGGUGAAGUACUCGAGAACGCAGAUCCAGAGGAACUGAGCAAGGAAUGCAAGACAAUCAAAGAUGCUUGGCGCACACUCCAGAACCGGAUGGCAGAUACCACCGUUGAACGCGGUAUCCUCCUGCCUCAUCCUCAGAACGACUAUGAGGUUCUCGAGGAGCGGUUACUGGAGGCGCUUGAGCUUCCCUUGAGACGUCGUGCUCGCAUCCUCGAGUGCGGUCAUUAUCUCGGUCCUUCCAACAUGAUGACCAUUGAGGAUUCAGACUCUGAGAGCGACGAAGAUGAGGAGGAAGACGAAGAAGAAGCCGAGAGACGCAGGGAAAGUCGUCGCCAAUCACAACCCACACAUUGGUGCAAGACCUGUAAAUCCGACAUUCACUACGAAUCUCUUGGCCAGGGCAAAAUCUUCCGUGUCAAGGUAUACGCCAGCAACGGUUUGAUCCGUGGUGGUGCUUGGGAAGCUUGCUGGAAAGAGAUGGAGCGAGUUGAUGUUGAACUUGAGCCUCUUGUCGACGCAGUCUCCCAUCAUGAGCUUGUGCAACUGGAGGCUGAUCAGGAGAGGGACCUGGCUAUGAGAGAAGCUGAAGAGGAGGAGAGAUACGUCAGGCUGGAAGAGGAACGUAGGGAGUUCGAAUCCAGGGAGCGAGGACGCGUGUCUACGAGACGGGGAGAACCCCAUGGACCUAUUGAGGACCUCAGUAUGGAUGAGAGCCAUGCUGCCGAGCAAAGCAAAUCUUUUGAUGAUCUCGAGAAGGAUAUCGAUGAGCACCUCCAAGAAGAACGCGAAAGGAGUCUGGCAGCAUCAACUGGUGCGCGCUCGCCCGAUACUUCUCGCAUGGACGAACCAUCUGUUUCCCCCAAAGCAGAGUACCAAAAGAGAGACAAUGCUCCUCCAGCUUCAGAAAAUCAUAAUGGAGAUGCCCAGCGAUCCUUCAAGUCACAGCACGGCUCCGCCAAGGCAACGAAGGAUUCUCUCCCAGAGCUCUUGGCUGAGUCGGCCCGUGUCCUGAUGCAAGAUAAGAAAAACAUCCUGAUCGGCUUACUUAGCAUUCUCAUUGUACUCCUGGCUAUCCGAGGAGGCCCUGGAUCCCGACAAAGUCCUGACGCAUUCGAAUUUAUCAGGAAUGAAGAGGUCCCUACUAUUACAGUAACACAGGCAAUGGGCUUGGAGACUAUCAACCCUAUCGAGGAAGUCACUGCUUCUGUGGCUGCUGCUGUCGAGGAGGAGAGUGGUGUUGAGUCUGAUCUUCCUGAAGAGAGUGUCGUUGUUGAGGACACCCCUGCCACUGAGGAGGAGGAUGUUGCUGAGGAGGAUGGUGCCGAAGAGGAGCAAGUCAAGUCUAUUGACGACAGCUCCGCCCCUAGCGCCAUUGGCGAUGCUAUCCCUUCGCUUGAGGCACCUUCCUGUUCAGAGCGCAUUGUUCGUGUCGUGGAGACGGUUACUUCUGUCGAGACUGCGACUGUUUAUGCCGAGAGGCCUUCUAUCGAGACACAGGCUGCACAGGUUGUCAAUGAUGAAGAGGCUGAAGAGGACCAGGCCGAGAAUGAUGAGAAGGUUGUCGAGGAGCAGGCUCAGGAGAGUGUAGUAGCCGAAGCUGAGGUUGUUUCUGAGGAUUCUGAGGAUUCUAAGGAUUCUGAGGUCGAGGAGGCUUCCGCUGAACAGGAGUCUGUGGAAGAGGCACCCCCUUCCGAGGAGACUAUUCUUGUUUCUGAAGAAGAAGAAGCUAACACUGUCGAGGAGGUCGAGGAGGCUGAGGAGGCCGAUGAGGCCAAGGAGACCAAGGAAGAGCAAGAUGCCCAGGUGACUGCGCCACCUGCCAUUGAUUCUUUCAGUGAUCUCCAAGAUGAGACGCCUUCCAAGUCGGCCGCGCCAAAGGCUUGGUGGUUUGGUAAGGCCGCCCCUGAACAGACAGCGGGUGCUCUUGAAGAGGAGGAGAAGCAUGAGGAGCUUUGA